AUGAGGAUCUAUUUUAUAUGGAUUAUUUUACUGAUCUUGCCAUACGUGCUGGUGAUAUCACAACCGGUGCACAGUCAAGAGACCCACCAUGCGGAACAAGAAGAUAAUUUCGCAAACGUACACCAACAGCUACCUAAUGCUCAAAAUAUACCAAAGUCUGAGGAAACUUCGAUUCACGACGAAAAAAUAAUUUCAGUAAGAAUAACAUCAUCUGUUGCUGUUGGUAGAACUAAAUCGAAGCCGGCUUUCAAAAUAUCUGGUAAAACUAAGGAUCACGACGAGCAUGAGUUUCAUACGACAGUUUCGCCCACAGAUAUGCCUCAAACGUUCGCCUCGACCACUGUUGCUGAUAUAACAUCUACUAUUCAAACAACAAUCUUAGAAGACCUUGAAACCAUGACAGAUAUACCACCUAAUCUCAUCGGUGCUAAUAUAGAGUUUAUUAAGCAACUCCAAGCAAAAAAAGGAACACGAGGUCUAAAUAAUUAUGAAAGAGUACAUCCUUAUCAUUUAGAAGAUGACCAGUCAUAUUCCAAUCAAGCUAAUGAUUCUGUAGCUGAAUCAUCCGUUCACUCAGUUUUAGAAAAUGAUGAACUUCUAGAAGACGUGCCAAUAGCGCGAUCCGUGCCCUUGUCGUAUUCUUCUAAAAAUUUUAUUCAAGAUCCACCCCAAAACCAACGAGGAAACUCAAGAUUGACAACUGUUAACUUUAACGUAGUACAUGACGCACCUAAAGUAUCGAAUUAUAACAUUAAUGAUCAUCUACCGGCAUACUUUAAUCAAAAUCAAAAUGUAGAAGAAUUAAAUACGUUUUAUAACCAACCUUCUAAAGUGUAUAGCCAACCUGCUCAAGUGUAUAGUGAACCGGCAAAAUUUUACAGUGAACCAGCUAAAAUUUAUAGUGAACCGGCAAAAAUAUAUAGUGAACCUGCUAAAAUAUAUAGUGAACCGGCAAAAAUUUAUAGUGAACCAGCUAAAUUUUAUAGUCAGCCCGCUUCUUUGCAUUUAUCUCCAGAUACUCUUUCAGAUCAAACUAAUUGGGGUAAACAACCAGCCACGUCUACUUAUAGUACCACUGUGAUGAGUACAACGUCAGCAUCGUCGAUGACUAAUCCGCCAUACCCGCCGAAUACCAAACGCGUCCUGGGACAUGAGCCGGAAAAGAAUUAUGAGGUAGAUGAAAAAGUCAGCGUAAUGACUGACGGCAGAACCCAUGGGGAACAACCUGCCGGACAAGAAAAUUGUAAACAGGAAAAUUGUAAAGUUGGCUAUGUUGUGGAAGGCCGGCAGUUUCGAAAAUAUAGAGUCGAAGAAAGAACUCCAGAUGGUUUCAUCGUAGGAGAAUAUGGGGUAGUUAGAAAUGAAGACGGUGCGCUUAGGGGGGUCCGGUAUACGGCGGACAGUGACGCCAGUCCACGUCUCAUUCACGAUGCGCUUAUGAAGUUCCUGCAACUA